AUGGGACACCAGCAACAACCCCUACCCUAUCCGCCGGACGCCCAAGUACUCUCCUUCCCAGAACCAUACCCCCACGAUGACUCUGACCCGUUGUCCUUCUUCCUGUCCAGUGGCCGCGGCGACAGCGACCCUCUCGGGUUCGGCUUGGGGUCCGUCGCCGACGGCACCUUCGGUGGCCGCAAGGCUACCCCCGAAGAACUGAUGCUCUUCAGGAGCCACCGCCUGCUCCAGGCGGAGGCCGUUGGAGUGGCCAUUGGUCCGUUGCAUCCCUCUGGCGGCGCCAACGCGGCGUACGUGCGCAAGCGCCUAGGCCUCGUCAGCACAGCCGUGGAGCGGCAGCUGAGGCUGAAGGUGCUCGAGCAGACCAACACGGCCGUGGAAGGGGUCCGCGCGCUCGGCGAGGGCGCGCCGCCGGCCCAGCAGCAGAGCGUCAUCAACGCGGAGAGGCGCAACUGCCACCGCGUGCUCUCCGGUGUGCUCGAUGAGGGCACGGCGACGUUGAGGGAGCUCUCGACUACCGGCGGUGGAGGCCUGGGCGGCGUGAGCGUAGACAUGGGCAUGGGCAUGGCAUUCCCUCCGUCGGCGCUAGGGUCUCCCGCGACAGAAUCGCAACAGCUCGGGAUGGCCCUCGGAAGCACCCGGAUGGAAGGCGCGGGGGGCAUGAAGCAGCAGGGCAUGGGAGCCAGCUUUGGUUCUGGGGGCGGCGCGGUGGCACCACCUGGACACAACCACGGAGGGCUUUCUGACCCCAGCGCGGGGUUCGGCGGCGACUCGUGGGGGGCGACGGGAGGGGGAGCCAGUGUUGAUGGGGGCGGGGGCGGGAAGCGAGCGACGAGCAACGUCGGCAAGGCCAAGAAGAGAUCAGGGCUGCUGAAGAAGACACCUCCCUCCGACGCUCUGACAGACUCCCGCCGGCCGGUGUAUAACAACCGCAAGGGCAGCCGCCACCGCCUCACCCCCCAGGCGAAGGAGAUCUUGGAGGGAUGGCUGGCCAACCACUGGCUGAAUCCGUACCCCACAGAGGAACAGAAGCUCUACCUCGCUCAGAAUUGCCACAUCACCGUCACGCAGGUGAACAACUGGAUGAUGAACGUUCGCGUUCGUCGCUGCCGCACGAAGAAGAUCGGCCUCGCCACUGGGCCCGAGGAAAUCACCUACGCGGCCGCGGGCAAGGCCACCCCUAAGGCCCUCGCCGCGAACCGGGUGGUUGGCAGAUCUUCUUCUUCUUCUGCCGCCGCCGCCGCCGCCCCCCCCGCCUCCUCUACCAAGCAGGGGGGAGGCGGCGGCGCCAGCGGGGUCGCGGCAGAUGCGAUGCCACUGUCGAAGAGGCGAGUGGCGCAGCAGCAGCAACAACAAACAAAGAUGUUGUAA